AUGCCUUCACACCUCCAGCGGCCGGCAGACGUCUGAAGUUAGUGCCCGGCCGCUGCAGUGCCAGCCGGCACCGAUGGCUGACCCAUUCACACGUACGCAGCAGCACCUUUGAUCGCGGUGGGAUUUAAAAACCAGAGAGGAGCACAGGUCACAAACUCACUCAGUUGCUGGAAAUAAGACGUAGAGGAUCAUGUCUUCAGUUCAUGGGAAUAUGCGUGUCGGGGAUCUGAAUCCUUUCCAGAUGUAUCACGAGGGACAUCUGCAGAUAAACAGCAUGGUCAACUCAGAUUAUGGAGCAACAGAUGUUACAAACUACUUCAACCCUGCAAACUCCGUCCCAAGAGCGGAUAAGUGCGUGGCCAUACUGACCCACAGGAGAAAGAGGACCAACUUCACCCAGCAGCAAAUCGAGGUGCUGGAGAAAGUUUACUCAGACACUAAAUAUCCGGACAUCUACCUGCGAGAGAGACUGGAGGCUCUGACCGGACUGCCGGAGUCCAGAAUUCAGGUGUGGUUUCAAAACAGAAGGGCAAAGUCUCGUCGCCAAGUUGGCGCAUCAGUGUCCAUGAAGGUCGCCAACCCGCCAGCAGCUGUCCCCUUCAGCCAGCUACAGAGCAGGAUGGGCCCAGAGAAAGUUUAUGACAACAAUCAUGGAGCUGAGGUACACAGGAUAGGAGGAGGUUUUGGAGGACUGGAGGACAGUUUCAGACCCACAAUGCACCAAAACACAGAUGAUACCCAUAGAACCAGUAUCCCGACCAAACGGAGCAGCUACGACCACACAUCCGUCUCCUGUAUCUAUGAGAAGGAGGGAACCAGAGUGAAGCCUGAGCAGAUGCAACGGUGUGAGCUGAGCGUUAACGUCCCGUGCUGUAACGUCCAUCUGUACACCAAGGAGAACGAGCAUCAUCCCAAGACCGAAGCCAACAUGACUGGCAACCAGGGUGCAAAGGUUUUGGUGGAAUAUGAUAACUUCCCACCUAACAAGACCAUCGGACCAGAAAUGAAAGUUGUGAUUCCUCCAAUCCCCAGCCAGAAUAACUUCACCAGGUCAUCACCAAAGGAAAACGGAUGCCAAAUCCAGUACCAACGUGCAAGGGUCACAGGUGAUGGGUUCAGUCACUUCUCCCCGAUCCACGCCACUGAGGCACAGGACUUCACUGACUCUGACUCUGACUGGGAAAACGAGGCCAUUGCUAGCUUUGGUGGCUUUAUGUGAUGUAAUUUAAGAGCUGAUAUAAAGACAGCUACAUGUAUCAUAAGAGACAGUAUACAGUUGUUUGUUUGCAUAA